UCGAAAAUACGCCGAGAGUAUUCCUGAUGGUGAAACGAGCGUUGCUUCAUCGAACGCAGCUAAAGAAAACAACAUCUAUGUAGUUGGUGGUACGAUGCCUGAAAUAGAGGGCGAUAAAUUGUACAAUACCUGUACUAUUUGGGGUCCCGAUGGAACUUUGAUAGCAAAACACCGAAAGGUACAUCUAUUCGACAUCGACAUUCCUAAUAAGAUUACUUUUCGAGAGAGUGAUUCACUCAGUCCUGGUAACUCCCUAACGACGUUCGAUGUGAAGGGCUGCAAAAUAGGUAUUGGCAUUUGCUGUGAUAUUAGAUUCGAGGAAAUGGCACGCAUUUAUCGGAACAAAGGUUGCCAAAUGCUGAUAUAUCCAGCGGCAUUCAAUAUGACCACUGGACCACUGCACUGGUCAUUACUUCAGCGUUCCAGAGCGAAUGAUAAUCAAUUAUACGUUGCCUGCAUAUCACCGGCUCGUGUUCCUUAAGCAAGUUACGUCGCAUGGGGACAUACACAGUUGACCAAUCCCUGGGGAAAGAUUCUUUACGAUUUGGAAACUCAAGAGAAUAUGGCAGUCACCGAUAUCAAAAAAAAAAGAAAAAAAAAAAAAAGAAAAAAAAAUUUCAACAAAUAAAUAAAUAAAAAAAAAAGUCACCGAUAUCGGUAAUUUACAGCUUAAAAUUAAAAGCGAGAGAUCCAUGAUGUAAUUAAUUUUUAGUCUCGUUAAUUUAUCGAUUUAGCCAUCUUCCUCUGUAUUUGUUGAAUUUAUUAGUAAGCAUUACUUAUUACUUCGUAUGUUUCUUUUUUCUAUCAGAUCUAAAAGUUGUUGAGGAAGUAAGGGCUCAGAUACCUACAUUUUCUCAGAGACGUACAGAUUUGUACGACACUGUCUGUAAGAAGGAGUAACUCUACACUAAAACAGAAAAUGUUUUUUUAUAAUAUUUCUACUACGAUAUCCUUUUUUGUGAAUUAUUACUAAUUUCUUAUCAUCCAUUUCUUGUAAAUAUAUUAUAUCACGAUAUUACAGAUAUAUA